AUGGGUGAUAAUAGAGAUAUAAUAUCAUCGCCAAAUGUUUCUUUCGAUUUAAAUUAUCAAGUUGAAGAAAAACAACGACACGUUAUCAUAAAACAGUUUCAUAACAUCAAUUUCACAUCAUGUGUCGCAUUUAUUGAUGUAUCUACUGACUACGCAGACUUAGAAUCCGUACAACUCCAAAUGGUUUCAAUGAAUUCAAAUCUUUUGAGAACCUGCUUAAUUCUUAUCAUAAUGUUUUGUGUUUUAGCCACAAUAAUGCUACUAUUUGCCAUUUCAAAGAGAGCAAGACCAGAAUCAGCAGAUCAACUUUAUUCUGUCGUACUAAUGGGCUUCUUAUUCCUUAUCGAUGGCCCAUGGCUUGUAUUUUGCUACUACAAUAUCCCCAUUUUUUCGACAAUUUUUGACAUUAUGAUUCAGAUUUUCCAUAUUAUCUUCAUUUUAUACAUGUUUAUCUUCUUCAAUAGCAAGUCGAGAAACGUACUGUUCAAUAUUUUCAGUAAUAAGAUCCUUUACGGCUUUGCUAUCGCUUUAGAAUUAUUAUUAAUUAUUUUACAGUUUGUAAGUACAGAUGGAGUAUCGCUUUGUGUUGUCCCGAUGAUGGAUAAGAAUAUUCCACUGAUUUCUUCAACUGUUGCCAUUUUUGUGAUUUAUCACGUUUCUAUACUCAUUUUAAUGACAUAUGGGUUCAUUAAGAUGCAAUUUGAAUGCAUAUGGGGAUUGAUUCUCCUAAUCAUUAUGUUCUUUACCCUAGAAAUUAUUAAUAUUUCCGUGUUUUUUGUCAGAUCGUUUAUAGACUUGAAAUACGCAGGAUUGGGCUGCGCCUUUGAUAUAUUCUAUAUUAUUGAAGCUAAUUUAGUUUCAAUGUUUUUAGUUUUCAUUAAUACUCCGAUUAUUAAGAAAUUACCUCCACAGGUUUACGCUUACUAUAGAAAUCGAUUAUCUUAUUCAGAGCCAUGA